AUGCGUCGUAUCGUGAUCUGCUGCGACGGAACCUGGGAAUCUGCUCUCUUCCAAACAAACGAAAUAAUGCUCACCAACAUCGGCAGGGUCUGUAACGCUAUUGAGCGGACAGACACCCGCCAGCAUGAAGCGGUAGAGCAGAUCAAGAUGUACUUUCCGGGACUUGGAACGGGCGAGCAGAUCUUUGAGGCGGCUUGGCAGGGCGCCUUCGGAGAUGGCCUGCUCACCGAAGUUCGCCAGGCGUACUAUUUUAUCGCUCAGAAUUGGGCUGUGGGAGACGAGGCGAGUCCUUCGACAAUCCGGAAUGACUUUACGACGCUCACACGCCUUCUGCAGAUACUCCUCUUUGGCUUUUCGCGCGGCGCCUACGUCUGCCGCCUCUUGACAACCCUCAUCUCGCUGAUUGGCAUCCUCGACCCGAAAUCCACCCUUGCAUCGUUCCCGCUUCUCUUCGACCUAUUAUGCCGCCAUCGAGAUCCAGCGACUAAGCGCGGGCGGAGAGCGGCGAGUGCACUUGCUGAGGAAAUGGCCAAGAUUGGCGCUUUCCGGCAGGAGCAGCUGCUGCAGAUGAAGAGCAAGGCCUAUAUUACUGUGCUAGGGCUCUUUGACACGGUCCCGCUCUACCACUUUCACUCCACCUCGAAAGCAGGCGCCCAGCUCCACCUCUCGCCUUUCUCGACGCACAACGAACAGCUAGAGGGUCCAGACGUGGUCUCACACGUCUUCCAGGCUCUCUCGCUACACGAGCACAGACAAGCGUACGCGCCCGCCAUCCUGGUUCAGGGAAAGGACGGGAAGAGGGCUGGGCAAGUUUUGCGGCAGGUGUGGUUCGCUGGGUCCCAUACGGACGUCGGAGGCGGGUACUCCAAGCACGACCUUGCGCUCCUUUCGCUGCACUGGCUCGUCUCACAGGUUCAGGAGCACGUCGCGCACGACCGCGACCUUCUCCUCCGGGACGCAACGGAUGGUUCGGCAGCUGCGCCUUGGGGCACUCUUGCGCCUUACACUCCCCUACACGUCGCACCUCCUCACGACCGUCCCUUUCCCACGCCGACUUCUCCGCCUCUCCCGUCGACGAACCAGUUCCUGCAUCCCUCAAUCCUCGAGCAAGAUCCGCAACACUUGCCAGCCAGGUUACGCCUCGAGCUGGGCGGUCCGAUCAUGCGGGCUGAGGCGAAGUGGUGGAAGCUGGACGAGUGGGAGGAGAAGGUGCGGCAGGAGUGGAAGUACGGCAAGAAGGCUCCUGGACGACCUGCGGCCGGACUUUCGCCUUCACCGUUCGCGCUCAACAUUCGCACAGCAAAGGCGACGGUCUACAAGUCGCAACAGGAGGCUGCUGGAGACGACCCGCGACACGGCGUAAUCCGUUACCUCGAGCACAAGCUGUACAACGCCGGAAACGCCCCCAGUCUUGCGGGUGCGCGAUGA